AUGUCUCGUGUAUCGAAACUCAGUCAGAUGUUUCCUCCGGCCCCGGCCUGGACGGACCAGGACAUCUCAGAUCUCAGCGGCAAGGUCUACAUCGUAACGGGGUCUAACGCUGGUGUUGGUAAAGAAGUGGCGAGGAUUCUGUACUCCAAGAACGCGACAGUCUGGGCCGCCGCGCGGAACGAGGAGAAGAACCUGGCAGCGAUAAACUCCAUCAAAGAGGCAUAUCCAUCGUCCACUGGGAAGCUGGAACAUCUGCAUCUCGACCUGGGUGACCUUUCUACGAUCAAGAAGUCUGCCGAGACAUUCCUCGCAAAGGAAAAGAAGCUCCAUGUCCUGAUAAACAAUGCCGGAGUCAUGCUUCCACCCCGCGGCAGCACGACGGCACAGGGGUACGAACUGCAGCUCGGCACGAACUGCGUCGGGCCAUUCUUGUUCACAAAGCUUCUGACCCCUGCACUGGUCGAGACGGCGAAGACGGCCCCGAAGAACGCGGUGCGCGUCGUCUGGGUGUCUUCGUCAGCUGCCGAAGGUCUGAGCUAUACGAAUGGACUUGACAUAGACAACUUAGACUACUCAAAGAACGACGGCAUUUAUAUGCAGAUUGCCGGAAAGUACGCUGUCAGUAAAUCAGGUAACUGGUAUCACAGCACAGAGUUCGCCAGAAGACACCGGAAGGAUGGUGUGAUCAGCGUCGCAUUGAACCCAGGCAAUCUAGACUCAGAUCUCAGCCGCCACCAUAGCACGACGGCAGCAAUAUUCAAACCAUUGAUCUGUUACGCGCCUGUGUACGGAGCAUACACUGAGCUUUUCGCCGGCGUCUCAGAUCAGGUCACACUGGACAAGACUGGAAGCUGGAUUGUUCCUUGGGGACGCUUCAGCGACAUGCGGUCGGAUUUGGACCUUGGAUCGCGACCUGAAGGAGAGGGUGGCACAGGUAUCGCGCAGAAGUUCUGGGAGUGGUCCGAGGCGCAAGUUCAGCCAUACUUGUAA